AUGAUCGGCUUGCCAUCUUGGGGGAUUCGGUUGAGGAAGACAGUAGAGGCGAGGACGCGGGAGACCGGCACAUCAACGUUCAACGUUCAACGUUCAACCUCUGCAUUGGGCUCAGCACCGGCUUCACCAAAGCGCUGCCACCUCAAGACACAUACAACCGCCUCCGUUCUUGUUACGCAAACUCUGGCGUCAUUCUGCACACCACCUCAUCCAUCCCCGCCACCUGAACUCAUCGCGCGCUUUACCUCGACUAUCGUCAUCCCUUCAUCCAAGUCCUUUAGCCUACUCACUCACUGCAUUCGCCCAGCUAUGAGUGCCGGAACCGUAUGUCCACCUCGUCCGAGUCCCCCUCAACGUGGGGCUCGAUGCAUGGCUGCUAGGGAACGGGAGCCUGUGCUGUGUGCGGUCUGCCCGCCCCCUGAGCGUGUUCAAGACGUUCCACUAUCUUUUUCCUACACACAACCUUCUUAUUCGUUGGACUCGAACUCUACAUCCCCCACCUGGUUGGCCCACACGAAAUCCAGUACCUCCUGCACCAAACGACGGACAUUUUGCAUGCCCUCUGCUCAACAUCCGCAACCGGCAGGUGCGGAGCUAGCGCGAAGGACUCCCGUUACGCAGCUGGCCGUCUUCGUCGACGCCCCAGACGAGUUGAUCACGGGGAUUGCAUAUGCACACAGCGACUGUCAGCUCGAGGUCUUGGGCGUUUAG